AUGGCUAGUAGUGGACUAUCAGCAGGAGAUAGGACUCCACCAGAAUGCCCCAGACGUAUCCGUCAACGUCCCAGAUAUUUAGAUGCUUAUGAAGUUGAUUUGCCCCCUAGUCACAACUUUGAACAGUCACAUGGAGGUAGUACUAGAAGCCUUAUUCAGACCAGGCCCCGUAUGUUUGAUCUACCCAUUAACCGUAGCAUGGAUAAUAUACUCAAGAUAGGUGUCAGUCCCUCUUUACGAGCUAAUGAGCUAUGCAAGGCUGAUCCAAUGAACAUGUUUGACAUGAAUGAUAAUGAGCUCCUCAGACCCAGAACACCUACGCCGCCAGGAGGCCCUGACUCAGUGCGUUCUUCUACAUCAGAAAAAACUAACAACAAAGAACUAUUAGAGUUAUUUAAACUGCAGAUAGCGAAAUCAGAGGAGGCUACGCGCCGUCUAGAGGAAGCGGCUAUACAAAGGGAACAGCUGCAGGCUAAGAUGCAGAUGGAGAGAGAACGCUUACAAGCAGAGCAACAGGUGGUGCUAGCCAGACAACAAGCUGAGUUGCAAGCUGAGAGGGAACGCCGACAAGCUGAGAGAGAGAGAGUGCACACACCCAGGCCCUGGUAG